GGAGGAGCCGCCGCCGCACCGGAGCCAUCGCUCUUGUCGGGGCCGGGGCGCACCGGCGGGGGGCGGCGGCGGCGGCGGCGCUGCUGCUUCACCCCCCGCACCCCCGGCCCAUCCCGCACGGCCCGCGGGGCUCCGCCGCCCUCCCGCCCGCCCGGAGCCUUCCCGGAACCCUCCCCGAGCCCGCCCGGAGCCAGCCCGGUGCUCGCCAUGCUCUCCGGGGCGCCGCCGCCGCCCGCCGGCUUCCCCAGCCCGCCGCCGCCGCAGCCGCCGCCGCCGCCGCCGCCCGCCGCUCCCCCGCACGGGCCGCCGCCGUUCCCGGGGAAGGGCGGCCUGCAGAUCCGGAAGAAUGCCAUCACGGACGACUACAAGGUCACCACGCAAGUGCUGGGGCUCGGCAUCAACGGGAAAGUUUUGGAGAUCUUCAGUAAGAAGAGCGGCGAGAAGUUCGCGCUCAAGAUGCUGCAGGACUGCCCCAAGGCCCGCAGGGAAGUGGAGCUGCACUGGCGAGCGUCGCAGUGCGCGCACAUCGUUCGCAUCAUGGACGUCUACGAGAACCUCUACCAGGGGAGGAAGUGUCUCCUCAUCGUCAUGGAGUGCUUGGAUGGCGGGGAGCUCUUCAGCCGGAUUCAGGACAGGGGAGACCAGGCCUUCACAGAACGGGAGGCUUCGGAGAUCAUGAAGAGCAUUGGGGAAGCCAUCCAGUACCUGCACUCCAUCAACAUCGCGCACCGGGACGUGAAGCCGGAAAACCUCCUGUACACCUCCAAACGGCCCAACGCCGUGCUGAAACUCACCGACUUCGGCUUCGCCAAGGAAACCACCACGCACAACUCCCUGGCCACGCCGUGCUACACGCCCUACUACGUGGCCCCAGAAGUGCUGGGCCCAGAGAAGUACGACAAGUCCUGUGACAUGUGGUCCCUCGGUGUCAUCAUGUAUAUUCUGCUCUGCGGGUACCCCCCCUUCUACUCCAACCACGGCCUGGCCAUCUCUCCUGGCAUGAAGAAGCGGAUCCGAAUGGGCCAGUACGAGUUUCCCAACCCCGAAUGGUCCGAGGUGUCCGAGGAAGUGAAGCAGCUGAUCCGAAACCUGCUGAAAACAGACCCCACCCAGCGCAUGACAAUAACCGAGUUCAUGAACCACCCCUGGAUCAUGCAAUCCAUGCAGGUGCCCCAGACCCCGCUGCACACCAGCCGUGUGCUGAAGGAGGAGAAGGACCUGUGGGAGGAUGUGAAGGAGGAGAUGACCAGUGCCCUGGCCACCAUGCGAGUGGACUACGAACAAAUCAAGAUCAAGAAAAUCGAGGAUUCCUCGAACCCUCUGCUGAUGAAGAGGAGGAAGAAAGCCAACCCCCCCGAGCCCGCCGCGCUGCCCCACUGAGGGUCCCCGCCCGCCGGCCCUCCAGAAAGCAAUAACUAUAUAUAUAUAUAUAUUUUUUAAGGAAAAAAAAAGACAAAAAGAAACAGACUGUUCUAUCGAGCGCAUGGAAUUCAGACAUUUAUACCAGACUAGUUAUUUUUAGCUACUCACCUGUGUUUCUGACCUUUCUGGAGCAGGUGCUGAGAUUCCCCUCCCCUCACAUCCACACCUGCACCCAGGGAUUUUUGUCCUGUAGGUGAACGCCGCCAAUAAUUGGAUUUUUAUUUUUCUUUUGUGAAACAGUUUUGAUUUAUAUAUAUAUAUAUAUAUAUAUAUUUUUUUUUUUUUCUCCUCCUUCCUUCCAAAGACAUGGAAACUCCUGUGGUGACCUUUUUAGGGUAUAUAACGUAUAAAUAUUUUUUAAAAACUACUGUAGAGCUGAAACCCAGGCAGCGUGUUCCCUGUGUGGAUGCUGGCUAGAGACAGGCUCCAGGCUUGGCAGCGGCUCAGGGAAGGAGAGCUGCCCUCCCCCCUGUCCUGCUGCCCUGCUGGGGGCCACCAAAUAAAGCCCAGGAGCCAAAAAGCAGCGCCCCAGCCCUCCCUGAGCCGAGCUGGAUGUGCCUGGCAGCAGCGUCUGUCUGUCUGUCUGUCUGGGGUGUGUGUCUGUCCGCAGCUGCUCGGGGCUCUGAGCUCAGGGGGGGCAGGAGGCCGUCCUGCCCCCCAGCUCUGCAGGGAUGUGUGCCCCCCAUGCCCACCCCCCUGCCCUGGGGGGGUCCCUGGGGGGUCCCUGGGGGGUCCCUGGGGGGUCCCUGGGGGGUCCCUGGGGACAGGGGGUGGCAGGGGAGGGCUGGAGCUGGCACAGCUUGAGCCAGGAUGGCAGCACCGACCCCUCCCUGGCCGGGGCUGGGGGUGCUGCUGCUCCCCCCAGGGUGGCUCCUGCGGCUGCUCUGAAGUCUUUAGUCCAUGAAUUAUUAUUAUUAUUAUUAUUUGUCACGAUGUUUCACUUCGUUAAAUGUGUUUGAAUGGAGAAAAACAAUUUUUUAAGGCGAUGUUUAGUUUUUAGGCGAUCUUUUAGACACUGUAUGGAAUUUUAAUUUGUUUUUGAAAACUGGUUUUUAUCCCUUUUUUCUUUUGUUUUUAAUUUUUUUUUUAAUUAUUUUUGUCUGUUGGCUUAUACUAAUCUUCCUGGUCUGCUCUUCAGUCCUUUGGAUUAAAGACACUUAAAAAGUCA